AAGAAGAAGAAGAAGAAGUCAAAAAGUCCAGUUUCCAGCGACUCUUUCUAUCAACCGAAACCACCGACGCCCGUUUCUAACAGAAAAGAGAGAAACAUUUGGAAGACUGGACGAAGUGAGACAAAGAAGAGAAGCCUGCACAUCACUGAUUCAACUAGAGGAGGGCAGACUGGUUGAAAACGAUCAGAGCGUCACAGAGGGGGACGAGAAGGAGAGAAGAGGUGAAGCCAACAGAGGAGAGCAGGUGAGCGAGGGAGGAAGGUCAGGAGGCCACUACAACACAAGCCAACAGCAGGAAGAGAAGGAGAGAAGAAGAUGGGUGGACGAGUGGCACAGAGCUGCUGGUUGCUGAUCACACUCUCUCUGAAAGGUAUUCUUGCAGGUGAUUGGUCAGUUCGUCUCCCAUCCAGUCCUAUCUGUGCUGUGAUUGGCUCCUCUGUGGUUCUCCCUUGUUCCUAUGACUACCCCCAAAGUUCUAAUGAAACCAAGGAAGAGGGACGGCUCUCUACUCAGGGUGGUGGAGGAGGACAACAAGGACAGCAGUACAAAGUUUUGUCUGAGAUGUGGUGUCUUGAAAACAGUCGCUGUAUGACACAGAGAUAUGUCUUCCACAGUGCCGGCAUCUUCCCAGAACCGUCCUACCAGAACAGGGUGGAGUACCUGGGACAACCAGGGACAAAGAACUGCUCUCUGAGGAUUUCUGAUCUGAGGCAGUCGGACAGUGGGUCAUACGUGUUUUACCUCAUCACCAGCCACCCUACACAGAAGAUGCCAGAGCAGAGCGGCAUUCAGCUCCUGGUGGCAGACCCAUCCUCCGACGUCACAGCAUCAGCAAGUCCCUCCGGUGACAUCUCAGAGGGCGUGGCUUUACGUCUAGCCUGCUGCAGCCCUGCGGCCGGUCCACAGGCCCGUUUCAGAUGGUACAAGAGCGCAAGCACCAGCCCGAGACACACUGGACCGGUGUGGAACAUCACGGAGGUUACAUCUGAUGACUCUGGCAGCUACUACUGUCAGAUACAGACUGGAGAUAAAGUGCAGAACUCAACCGUGCUGCCCGUUGACGUAGAGUACUCUCCUCGAAACACAGCCGUCUCAGUCUCUCCUGCUGCAGAGCUACAGGACGGAGUUCCUGUGACUCUGACCUGCAGCAGUGAUGCCAACCCACCUGUCCAAACAUACACCUGGUACCAGGGUGCAGCAUGUCUCCCUGCAGCAGACAAAAGCUGGCAUCAGGCAAGACGAUCCCCGGCUACACCCUCCAGACGAGGCUCGACGCUCAGCAGCGCCAGCAUCACCACUGAGGACAGUGGGCAGCACUGCUGUGUAGCAAGCAACAGACGCGGAUCACAGACCGAGAGCGUAACACUCACAGGCUCCAAAGCGACGAACCCGUCUGAGUCCUCAGGAGGCAGAUUGAUCAUUAUCGGCGUGACCGUCGCUGUUCUACUGGCUAUCAUGGCAUUAGUGGCUUUUCUGACAAGGAGACGGAAGCCAUCCAGGCAACAGGCGUACGUCCUCGCUGAGACAACAGCUACAGCACCUUAAAGUACAAAACAAAGUACAAACAGCCUACAACCACCAGCAGAGACCUUUUUAUUUUAUUAAAGUAACUCAUGAUUCAUCACAUUUUUUCUUAAUAUCCUCGGACACUCUUGUGUGUUCACCUUCACACCUUAAAACUAGUAUUACAUCACAUGCUGUAACACCUUUUGGCCUGCUUGAGCCCCCUGUAGCACACAGAAGAAAAACAACUUCCUAGACUGUUGAUGGUGGCUCCAACUCACACAGUGUGACAACCUGAAGAUCACACGAUAGACGUCGCUGUACAUUCAAGCAAGCAGGAAAAAACCCUUAACUCCUGGAUUUCAAUGAGGAUGAACUUGGCUCACCUGGGCUUUAAGAGACUAAAUGCUUCAUUUCAGAACCAACAGAUCUGAAGAAAAAAGGAAAAACUGUCUGAAUAUCUUUAUUCUCGUGGUUAUCUGAUCAUUUGUUUAAGUGUGACUGCAAUCUUCAAGAAAGAAAUAUUUAUUAUAACAGAAAAUAGACUGAAAAUCCUCUGUUCUCAUUUCCUUUUUUACUUUGUGCUUUUGAACUGUUGCAGGAGCAGAUGUGAAUUUGAAUACAUCCUCUGGUGGUUCAUCACACAUGACGACCACAGAUUUUAACUUGCACCCAGUACUGUGUGAGCCAGAAACAGCUGUUACUGAAAGCCUGUUAGAGAUGAUGAUGAGGAGCAUGAAGACGAUGACAGAAAAUACAGACAUAAUGAUCCAAUUAAGAGCUGUUAGCAGUCGGGACUGUGUCCCAUCUGUGUGGUUUUGAGUAAACUCUUGGCAGUGAUAAGGCUCUAACGGAUACUGACCAGAGCCUGAGGAUGAAAACCAGGAGGACAGUGACUCUGACAACCCGGACAUCACAUUUACAACAUGUACUUGGAUAUCAACUCUUCAUCUCAUUAUCGGCUAUUUUUAGCAAUUUGCUUUUGCCUGAUUCAUCAUAUUAAAGUGAGCAGAGUAAAGUGGUGCAAACAUGAUAAUUAAGUAAACAAGGAAGUGCAGUGCUUGUUUCAUUUCAAGAGACAGUUUCACAUACUGUAUGUGCUCGUCAGGUCAAGAGCUGUUUUGCUUGGUUGUAUUUAGCGUAUAUUUUUUAACAUUUAUGUGACGUUUUAAUGAGGAAAUAGAGGUGCACAUAUUGUAAUGUCACUGAUUCCGUUACAUAUACUGAGCUUCUGAUUUUAAAGCUGUUUUGAACCACA